AUGAGCGGAAACGAAAGUGACAGGUGUUCGACGCCAGAAAAAACUAAACGGAAACGAGGAGAAAGUUCCAAGACCUAUUCUCACAAAAAACAAAACUUUAGACAAGAAUGGUUAACAAAUAAAGAUUUUAGCAAUUGGUUGUUGCCAGUCAAUAAUAAUAAGUUAUUAGCUAAGUGUAAGUUAUGUAUUACAGAAAUGACUGCUGAAUUGAGUGUACUUAAAAAACAUGCUCAAACAAAAAAACACAAAAGUUCGAUGAGUUCCAUUGGUAGUAGACAAAAUUCGAUAAGUACAUUUUUAAAUAACACAGAUCAAUUUAAGUUAGUAGAUCAAACUAAAAGAGCUGAAGUAGUACUUUGUAGUUUUAUAAGUGAACAUAAUUUACCAUUCAAUAUUAGCGAUCAUUUGGUAAAAACAUGUAAGGCAGCAUUCCCGGACUCAAAAAUUUGUUCGAAUGUAUCAUUGGCUCGUACAAAAUCAACAGCUCUUGUAUCUAAUGUUAUUGGACAUUAUUCUCUUGAAGAACUUAUUAAUGUUUUGCAAAACACAAUGUUCAGUGUGAUAAUUGAUGAAAGCACUGAUGUUGGCUGUGUGAAAACAAUGUGCAUAUGUGUAAAGUAUUUCGACAGUACAUCCAAUUUUUUCGAAACAAGAUUUUUCAAGCUCGUCCAGUUGUUUGAGGAUGUACAAAGUGCAGACAAAGGAGCUACUGGUCAAAAAAUAUUUGAUGAAGUUCUUAAAGCUUUCACAGAUUCUAAAAUUCCGUUGGAUAAUUUAAUCGGAUUUGCUUCAGAUGGUUGCAACACUAUGUUUGGUGCAUCAAAUUCUGUAACAUCUAGACUAAAUGAAUUUUUGCCAGGGAUUUAUAUUCAAAAAUGUAUUUGCCACUCGCUCCAUUUAUGCGCCAGCGCUGCAUGCAAAGCUUUACCACGUACUUGUGAAGACCUUGCCAGGGAUAUUUAUAAUUAUUUCAAAUCAAGUUGUAAAAGAGUAAGUCAAUUUAAGCAAUUUCAAGACUUUUGCAAUAUAUCACCUCACAAAAUUUUAAGACCAGCACAGACCCGAUGGCUUUCAUUGAGUAUGGUAGUAAAUAGAAUAGUUGAGCAAUGGCCUGCACUAAAAUUAUUUUUUUCAUCUCAUUGGCUUGAAGAUAAACUCAAAGCUUCAGAAAACAUUUUUCAUGCUUUACAUGAUCCUUCUGUAUUAAUUUAUUUUAAAUUCCUACAAUGGAUCCUUCCAAAAUUUGUAAACCUCAAUAAACUAUUUCAGAGUGACAAACCAGUUAUAUGGUUGGUUUUUAGUAAAAUGUCUGUAACUUAUACUGAUAUUCUUUAUUCGUAUAUGAGACGGUGUAACAAUCCUUUAUCAGUCGAUCCAAACAAUUCAUCAUACUUUCUACCAUUAAACCAAAUGUAUUUAGGAAUUGACGUUAUGAAUAUGUUACAAACACCCGAAGUUGCAAAGAACCAUGUUAUGGUGCAAGAUGUCUUAGAGCACUGCAUGAGAUUUCUAAUUAUUAGUAUUAAGGAAAUAAGAGCCCGAUUCAAUUUCAAUGACCCAGUAUUAAUGCAAUUGGAAAAUAUUACACCUGCAAAAGUCCUAAGUGAUAAACGACCUGCUUCUCUAAUUAGUUUUAUUCAGUUAUUCCCAAGAAUAAAACAAAAUCACCAAAAUAUUGAUACCAGCUGGAGAAUGUUCAGUGUUAUAGAGUUUGAUCCCGAAUUACAUGCAUUUCUUUUAAAUUUAAAUGUUGAAGACUUUUGGAUUAAACUUAAGGUAUUUGAAAAAGAUGGUGAAUAUCCAUUUAAAGAUGUUUCAAAUUUUUUAUUAACUGUUCUGUCUUUGCCUCAAUCGAAUGUGUCGUGUGAACGCAUGUUUUCUAAAAUAAAUUUAAUUAAAACCAAACAAAGAAACUGCUUAAACACCAAAACUUUAAAUGGCAUUUUAAGUGCCAAAGAAUACACCAAAAAAACUGAAUGCCAUAAAAUAGAAAUAACAAAAACUAUGCUAGGCAUGAUAAAUUCUACUAUGUACAACCACAUAAACAAUGAUACUGAAAAUAGUAUUGAAUUUGUUGAUGAUUGA